GGCAAUACGCAUUGCUGAACUCGAAACGACGAUUUUCGGUGGCAUUGUGGCGCGCUUUAAAUCGCGAAGGGUGUUUCGGUGAUUGCUCACACCUCCGAGUGUGGUAGUUUCGGUUUCAUCGCUCCGUUAUGCUCAGCGCUCAAGUCAUUGGCAGCUAAACUAACGCGAUCACCUCAAGAUGACCGACGAAAAUAACUACAAGCUGCGGGACCAUCCGGAAUUCCCGCUCGAUAUCGACGUGCCAUUUGCCAAGGUGCUCCGGCCGGAACUCAUUUGCUCGGCUUGCAAUUGUGUCACGCCAGCUGGUCUCAAGGACGGCAACGACCACGUCUACUGCCUCAAGUGCGCCGAAGUGCUCACAGACUGCACCAACCAGUUCACAUGCUGUAUUUGCCAGUGGAGUGGUCCCAAGAGCUCCUUGGGGAAAAUUUUGAAAGAAUGGGCCGUCCUGGAGAAGGAACCGUCAGCUUGCCCUAACCGAAACAAGACUUGCCGUUUUAAGGGCAAACUACGAGACGUUCUUAAUCACUACAAGACUUGCAACCUGACAAAAAAAGCGAAGUGCACUCUCUGCGGAAGUGUGGAAGAUAUCAAAACUAUAGCAGACCACAUGUAGAACGACUGCCCUAUGAGACAUCUGGAAUGCAAUUUCUGUGGCCAGGACGUUGUCGCCCGGGACAAACUGAGGCAUGAAGUGAACUGUGACCAGCGUCCUGGAACCUGUGAGCACUGCGGAAAACAGUUCAGGACCUACGAAGAGCUUGAACAAAAACACAAGGUUGUCUGCCAACUCGUGCCUGUCGACUGUUCGUUCAAGCAGUUGGGCUGUGGCUACAAGGCAGCCAGACGAGAGAUGGAGAUCCACGAAGCAAAUAGCCGCCACAACGGCCACAACGAUCUCCUCGUUCGUAAACUGUGCCGCCUGGAAAAAGAGAAUGAGGACCGUAAGCACGCAUUCCAUGAAAUGUUAGAAACUGUCAAGGGAACAUAUGAGGAUAAGAUACAACAUAUGCAAAGAAAUAUGGCCGAACUUCAGGAAUCUGCCAAUGCUGAGAGAACAUUGCGCACUAAAUUGGAAGAACGAAUGCUGGCUUUAGAGAAGGAGCUUCAAGCACUGAGAAUGAAACAAAACGAUGACAAUGGGCAGCUUGAAUACCGGCUUACUGAGACGGAAGAUACUGUGGAGCGCCUCAACCGUGAGUUGCAUCUGGACCCCAUGACGCCAGGUUUCGAGUAUGUCUGGAAAUUGCAACCGUACUUUGCGCUGAAGGCUGCAGCUAUGGCGUCCACCGAGGAGAUAUCCUCGGGGGCGCUGUACAUAAACACGCCAGGAUAUCGUGUUGAGUUCACAGUUGGAUUCACUCGUCCUUCAUCAUUGACGUCGUCGCAACAUCUGUCUUUCAAAUGCCGAAUUUGCAGCGGCGAAUACGACGACAUGCUUCCCUGGCCCUUCCAGAACAAGAUAAUCUUGGUUCUUGUCAACCAGCAGGACGAACGCACCAGGCGAUGUUUCGAACUGGACACGGCAACAGCUGAACACGCUGCCGAUUGCUUCAAGAAACCAGUAUCGGAUCAACGGAACCCCAAGUUCGGCUACUCGCAAGUCAUACCCGUUCCUCUUCUGGAGAACGAGAAGAAAGGGUUCCUCUUCCAGAAUUGCGUCGUCUUGAAGAUUGUUGCACCUCCACUUUAUUGAAUGCCUAUUUACUCUCGUCGUUACAAAGCAUGGCACGUUGUGACUGUGAAUAUUGAAACAAAGUUUGACAGCAUGAAAAGCUUCUUUAGAGAGUAUUAAGUAUCAUGCAUUUCUCGCUCUAUUUCACUCUCUCUUUCUCUCCCUCGUGAAGCGACAAUUAUUCUUUCAACUUUGGUCUAGGGAGUUAUACUUUGAACACUGCAAAUAGAAACUAUACAAGCGGCAAGUGUUGUCACCUUAAAGAUAUCAUUGCAGUGAAUCUGUAGUGCAAAAUUUACCACUUGUGUGCACUAUUUUCACGCUUCUUUUAGUCUGAAGUAGCUUAUUUUGAAUUUUUUCGCUUGUUUGAGAAGGCGUCUAAGUACGCCAGUGUGCAUGCAUGCCCCCAUGCCAAAUGUUCGAUUUAUUUGAGUAGUAAUAAAAUGAUUUUCCCGCAUUCUGUCAUUCAUGGUGCACAAUAAACCCGCGGC